UGCAAUAACAUUAGAACAUGUGUCUAUAGGAAAACGACUCGACGUGGCUCGUCCAAAUAUAUGGAAAAAAUGUUAGCAUUCACUGGAAUAUUAAGCAAUAAGCCUGAGGAAAAUCCAGAUUUUUUCAAUUGGAAUAGAGUAAAGCUUAGAUAUUGUGAUGGUGCCUCUUUUGCUGGAGAAGGCCAAGAUGAGGCCAACCAAAUGUUUUUCAGAGGUCAACGCAUAUGGUCAGUUGCCAUGGAAGAAUUCAUGGGAAAGGGAAUGCGUAAUGCUGACCAGGCUCUUCUUUCUGGAUGUUCUGCUGGGGGUCUUGCAUCCAUAUUGCACUGUGAUGAGUUCCAAGGCUUGUUCACAGACACGAAAGUGAAGUGCCUGGCUGAUGCAGGAUUGUUCCUUGACGCGAUGGACGUCUCAGGUGGACAUACUUUAAGGGAUUUCUACCAUGGUGUGGUGACUUACUUGGGUGUAGGGAAGAAUCUGCCUCCUUCCUGUACUAACCACCUAGAUCCAACUUCGUGCUUUUUCCCUCAGAACUUGAUCGCCCACAUCAAGACUCCUUUAUUCAUUCUCAAUGCAGCUUACGAUGCGUGGCAGGUUCAGGCUAGUUUGGCUCCAAGAUCAGCUGAUCCUCACCACCUAUGGGAUCAAUGCAAAUUAAACCACGCUCAUUGUUCUGGAGCUCAGAUCCAAUUUUUGCAGAGAUUUAGAACUCAAACAAAUUCAAUAAAGGGUUUCUCGAGGUCUAGGCCUAAUGGGCUCUUCAUCAACUCAUGUUUUGCUCACUGCCAAACUGAGAGGCAAGAUACAUGGUUCGGUGAUGAUUCCCCUGUUCUUCAAAACAAGCCGGUGGCAAUCGCUGUUGGCGACUGGUACUUCGACCGAUCUGGAAUAAAAUACAUUGAUUGUGCAUACCUUGACAAUACUUGCCACAACUUGAUAUUUCGAUAAGACAAAUUCAUUUGUAGCAUCCUCCUACUUGUUGAUUUAUUACAACAUCUAUUUUCUGCUAUUGCUGCUGCUCAUUGAACUCAUCAUUGUAAAUUGAUGUAAUUCAAUAAUCAGCAAUAAGAUCAAGGUUUGAUUAUAGGGCCUAAAAUUUGGCCAAGAAAAUUGUAUUCUUAGAAUCAUUGCAUUCUUGUAUGCAACCUUAGAAUUUAAUAUUUAUUUACCAGAUUUUGGCAUUUGUUAGUGUCUGUUUGUAAUUUUGAGAAUUUGAAACUUCAACAACUUGUUGUGUAGUAUUUAUAAUUAGCAAAAGGGAUCUGCAUUCAAGUUUGAGUGAUA